UACCAAAUGGCAUCGAUGUUUGAUGACAUCCUGAGCAGAGCCGAAAAAUUGUCAUCCGCGAAUUUCCAUGCUACUUUAGCUGAUCCAUCAACAACUAAAAAGAAUAAUAAUGCUCUUUUCGAAGGGAACGCAAGCCAGGAAAAUCGCUAUAGUGGCACAGCCUUUGACACCGAUCUCAACAGUGUUUUUCGAGCAAGUGAACAUUUGUGGAAGACGGGGGCAUCAGCUCCAAUUCAGAAAAGCUUUAUCUUUGGCGAAAAAGGUGUUGUGUUUGGAGUGAAGGCGCCUACACUAAAGGAAGCUCGUGUCGUUCCUAAACCUGCUGAAGAUCAGGAGACGAAGACUUGGAACGUGUCAGACUGGAGUCCGACCGGGCCUUCUUCAACCACGUGCUUCUUUCAAGGCCUCAACCGAGCGCAGCACUUCCAGUCAAACAGCUUUCUAAAGUAA